AUUAGUGGACAAAACACUGGUAACCUAAUCCACUUUUCCGUGCAGUCAAAAUACGCGAUCCGUUUUAUUAUUUUUUUGUGACAAAAGGUGCGUUAUUUUAGCAAGAUGACGGAUAUCUAUAGCAAUACUAGAGUGAGUAGUCGUGUGGAGCGUCUGCGCAAGGUGGCAGCGGAACGGUACAGCAUCAAGGAAAAAGACACCCACAUUGGCCACGUCAUCCUGGAAUCUAUGUUGGAUAACCCUGACAUGAUCUGCCAAAUUGACUUCGCGACCGGCCAGCAAGAGACGAACAAAUCCGUAGCAAAGCGUAUGUGCUGCCUCGCCAGCGCCAUGAUGAAGGCAGGCUUGAAGCCAGGAGACCCCGCCAUUGUCAUGGGACCCAACCACAUGGACCUAUGUAUCCCCUACUUCGCCUGUCACUUGGGUGGCUACCCAAUGUGCGGUAUCGAUCCUAGCAUUGGAAAAAAUGAUUUGAUCAGUUUAUUCCCCUACAUCUCCCCGAAGAUCAUUUUCUGCCAGAAAGCUUGUGAAGAAAAGGUCAACGCGGCAUUAAGAGAGAACAAACUAAAGGCCAAAAUUGUGUUUUUCGACGACAAAACAGCUGACAUUGAUGCUUUCGUCAAGAUGUAUACCGGCACCAAAGUUAAUUUUAGGCCAGCUGAAUUCGACCACUCCACUACAAUUGCAUGGCUGAUGCUGACCAGUGGCACGACCGGCCGCCCCAAAGUGGCUGUCAUACCGUUCGACACAUUACUCAACGGAAUUAUUAAUUGGUGGUCACCAUUCCCGGAUAGUGUGGACACCAUCUUAGCCAUGGCGACAUUACAAUGGGUGUCGUCACUCAUAUACUUCAUGUCUGGCCCCCUGAAGGGUGCCACCAGGGUACAGUCGUCUGAGCCACUGACACCAAUGAAGCUUGUCACCCUUAUCAAUCAAUACCGGCCCGUCACCACGGCAUUCACGCCAUACAUAUUGGGACAUUUCCUGAACGCGGCUGAAAAAACCUGUGACUUAUCGAGUUUCAAAUACAUUCUUAUUGGCGGCAGCGCAAUCGAGAAGCCAUUACUGGACAGAUUUAGAAGUGUAUGCAGCGCAUUCAUGUACUUAGCGUACGGUAUGACCGAGCUGUUGGUACCUAUCUUUGACUUUGAUAACGACACGCCAUUCGGCUCCAGUGGAAAGCCGCAAUCUCAAUAUGAGUUCAAGCUCAUGGGUGACGAUGGCGUUCCUUUAGAAGGUAGUCACAAAACUGGUGAACUAUGGGUCAAGGGUGACUCAUUCUUUAAGGGUUAUCUAAACAAUCCCGAGGAAACGAAGACCAUACUCACAGAUGACGGAUGGUUCAAGACAGGCGACAUGUUCUACAGGGACGACCAAGAUUAUUACUACUUCGUUGAGCGCAAGAGACUUUUAAUUAAGCACUACGGUUUUCUGAUUUCACCCCUACAAAUCGAAGAGAUCAUCAAGCGUCACCCUGCAGUGUUGGACGCGUGCGUGGUGAGCGAGCCACACAUGGAUUGCCAAGAACUGCCACUCAUCGCACUGCAGAGGAGGAAUGGAGACAAAGUAGACCCACAAGAGAUCUUCGACUUAAUAAGAAAAAACAUGGAAGGGAAGCAAAUAAGCGGCGGUCUCUUCUUCGUAGAGGGAUUACCCAUCACGCCUUCCGGCAAAGUACAUCGGGCAAAAGUAAAGGAGAUGGCAGAAGCAGCGCAAAAAAUCUUCGUCUGGUGAGCUAGAUAAAGUGCCAGUGUUCGAUUUCAUCAAUAAUAGUGGGUACUUGAAUUACGUAUGAGGAUCUAAGUGCUCUGAACGAGUUGGUGUUGAGAAUUCUCAGUUCAAAAAUAUAGGACAUUAUUUAUUAGGUUGUAUGAAAUUGUGUUUAGUGGAACCUUACAAAAAAAGUAAGAUAUAUUUAUACGGUUCCAAAACAUCUGAAAUGUAGAUAGUACAAAAUUUUAAAACAAAUUGUAUAGAAAUUGCUUACGGAAUUAAAUAGGUACUUUCAAGUAUUAGGCACUAUAAUGGGUUGUUUAUACUCAAUAAUGUUGUAUAUUAUUUAUUGUGUUAAUUACAAGUGUGUGAUAAAGACACACACAAUGUAUUGUUACAAAAUUCGAAACAAUUAUAACUCAAAUUGUGUCAUACCAUUGUUUAGAUGUAAGCUUAGGAAAAUAUUAUUAGGCUAUAAAUUAAUUAGUACUAUUAUUGUAUUGUGAUGAAGGGAAAUGAGAUUUGAUUUAUGAAAUUAAUAAGUUUAUCAAAUAAAUUAUUUUCACCUA